GCGAAAAAAGAUUUCCCUGGGAAGUGACUACAUAAAAGUAAAUAUAAAUGUCAAAUCAAGGAUCUUCUAAACGGUGUCUUUGAAAACAUACUGGCAAAAUGAAUAACCUGUGGUAUGCCGAGGCAUUUCCAUCUUCACCGAAGUCCGCAUUGGGAUAUUUUUUUUUCGUAAAAUAUGAUAUAAUACAGAGGUGUGGAAACGGCAGCAAGGUUGACCUUAAAUUUCUUCUAUCCGAAAGCGAUCCAAAGAGGAAUUUUAGAAAGAUUGAUUGCAGAGACAAGCACAAGUGCAUAAUUCCAAACCAUAAGCAAACAAGAAGAGCGGGAAGACUGCCCCAAGGGCAUCAUAGAUCAUUAUAAGUAGCCACCCACUCUCCAUCUUCAUAAUUCAUCUCCUCCCAAAAAAGGGCUUACAUACAAUACAGGUAUACAACUAACCCAAUGGCAGUUUCCGAUAAAGCCCUCUUUUCCAUCGUCUUCCUCUUUACAGCUUUUGUAUCUUCAAUCUCUGCGUCUGAAUCCCAAUCCCAAAUCAAUGUGUGGCCCAAACCCAGAACCUUCUCGUGGCCAAGCCCACAAGCGAGCCUCCUGUCCCCCAAUUUUAGCAUCACUUCCCCUAACCACCAACACCUCUCCUCCGCCGUCGCACGUUACCUCCGCCUAAUACUGACGGAGCACCAUCACCCCCUCGUUACCCCAACCGUCAACAUCACUGGUCCUCCCUUGGAGACUCUUACCAUCAUCGUUUCCGAUCUCGCUGCCCCACUCCACCACGGAGUCGAUGAGUCCUACACCCUGAUCGUCCCAAGGGGCGGAGCGGCCAAUCUCACGGCCGCGACGGUGUGGGGCGCCAUGAGAGGCCUCGAGACUUUCUCGCAGAUCGUGUGGGGUGACCCUUUACGAGUGGCCACUGGUUUAUUCGUGUGGGACUCGCCCCUUUUUGGACAUAGAGGGGUGAUGCUGGAUACUUCGAGGAAUUACUAUGGAGUGGAGGAUAUAUUGAGGACGAUUGGAGCAAUGAGUGCCAAUAAGCUCAAUGUCUUUCACUGGCACAUUACUGACUCGCAUUCCUUCCCUCUGCUCUUGCCCUCGGAGCCUGAUCUCGCCGGAAAGGGAUCUUAUGGGCCCCAAAUGCAAUACUCUCCGGAGGAUGUGAAGAAGAUUGUGGAGUUUGGCUUGGAACAUGGGGUUAGGGUUUUGCCGGAGAUUGACUCACCCGGACAUACAGGAUCAUGGGCUGAAGCAUACCCAGAGAUUGUGACAUGUGCAAACAUGUUUUGGUGGCCUGCUGAAGCUGAAUGGGCUGACCGGCUAGCAUCAGAACCAGGAACAGGCCAUCUCAAUCCCUUAAACCCCAAAACCUACCAAGUCUUCAAAAAUGUCAUUCACGAUGUAGCUGCCCUGUUUCCAGAACCGUUCUAUCACUCAGGGGCUGAUGAGAUCAUCCCAGGUUGUUGGAAAGCAGACCCAACUAUUCAAACUUUCCUAUCAAAUGGUGGAACUCUCAGUCAACUCCUUGAGAUCUUUAUCAACUCCACCUUCCCAUACAUUGUUUCCCUAAAUCGUACAGUGGUUUACUGGGAAGACGUUUUGUUGGAUGCCAACGUCAAAGUGGAUCCAAGCAUGCUUCCGCCAGAGAAUACCAUUUUACAAACAUGGAACAAUGGACCAAAUAACACUAAAAAGGUUGUUGCUUCUGGCUACCGAGCCAUUGUAUCAUCUUCAGAUUUCUACUACUUGGAUUGUGGGCAUGGGGACUUUCUCGGGAAUGACAGUCAGUAUGAUCAGAAAGCAGGUAGCAACACAGAAAAUGGUGGGUCAUGGUGCGGCCCCUUUAAAACUUGGCAGACGAUAUAUAAUUAUGAUAUAACAUAUGGAUUAAGCGAUGAGGAGGCAAAGCUGGUAUUAGGUGGGGAAGUGGCAUUGUGGUCUGAGCAAGCCGAUCCAACAGUUUUGGAUGCUCGGAUCUGGCCAAGAGCUUCUGCAAUGGCAGAGGCAUUGUGGUCUGGGAACCAAGACAAGACAGGCAUGAAGAGGUAUGCAGAUGCAAUGGAUCGGUUGAAUGAAUGGAGAUAUAGAAUGGUUGCUAGAGGGAUUGGGGCUGAACCCAUUCAGCCCCUUUGGUGCAUUAGGAAUCCAGGAAUGUGUAACACAGUUCAUCCCUUUGUUUAGUUAUAAUGUAAAACAAUUUUUUUUUCUCCGUUACAGUUUCAAUUGUUGAAAAGAGCAGUUGCAAAGAAUAAAUAAUAACUUCAAUUGUUA